AUGGAACAGAGGAACCGGCUCGGCGCUCCCAGAUACCUGCCGCCGCUGCUGCUGCGCGCCCUGCUGCUCUUCGUGGCCGAGGCGACAUUCACCGAAGUCCCCAAAGAUGUGACCGUACGUGAGGGAGACGACAUCGAAAUGCCCUGCGCCUUCCGGGCCAGUGGAGCCACCUCGUACUCGCUGGAGAUUCAGUGGUGGUAUCUCAAGGAGCCUCCCCGAGAGCUGCUGCGCGAGCUGGCGCUCAGCGUGCCCGGCGCCCGGAGCAAGGUAACAAAUAAGGAUGCGACUAAAAUCAGCACCGUGCGCGUGCAGGGCAACGACAUCUCGCACCGGCUGCGGCUGUCGGCCGUGCGGCGGCAGGACGAGGGCGUGUAUGAGUGCCGCGUGUCGGACUACAGCGACGACGACACGCAGGAGCACACGGCCCAGGCGCUGCUGCGCGUGCUCGCGCGCUUCGCACCGCCCGACGUGCAGGCCGCGGAGGCCGUGUCCCACAUUCAGAGCGGCGGCCCGCGCCGCCACGGCCCCGCCAGCGCCGCCCGGGCCGACGGCGCCCAGGAGCCCGGCCGCGGCGACAAGAGCCCGCCUCCCGGGGGCCCUCCCGCCGCCCCCGCCCCAGGCGUCCCCGAGGCCGCCGCCGCCUCCGCGGCGCACAGAGCCGCGACCACCGUGGCGGCCGCCGCCUCGUCCGCGCCGCCGCCGCCCCGCGAGGCGGCCCUUCUGCGCCAGAGGCACUCAGGCACCGGCCCAAACUACGCCACAGACCCGCUCCUGUCCCUGUUCCUGUUGGCCCUCCAUGAGUUCCUGCACCUGCUGGCAGGGCCCUGA